AUGGUGGUCAGUUCAGAUCUGUGGCGAUGUCAGUUCCUGCUCCCGUUCGUCAGUCUGGGGCUCAUGUUCUUCAGGGCGCUCAUCGCUAUGUGUGCCUGUGCCUGUCACAGCAUGUACUCCACAAUGGGGACCAGAGUCCUUCACCUCCUGGCAGGGCUGUGCACGCUGGGGGCGGUCGGGUGCUUCAUGGCUGGAGUGCAGCUGCUGCACAGCCGGGUGGAGCUGCUGGAUGGGGGGCCGCGGGGAGGGGUGCAGUUCAUGAUGGCCGCGCUGCUCGUCUGUGCGUCCCAGUCCAGCCACAAGGAGUACUCGCACAUGCAGGCCUACAGGGUCGUCUGA